ACUCGCGCGUGGCUAGACCAUGUAUUCAUUAGAUCAUGAACUUGAGUAAACUGCUCCAAUAUUCUAAACUCUAAACUAGAAAAGUUAAACAGCUUUUUUUCUUUCAUAUUUACGAGGUGAAGAACAAAUUUCGUAAUCUAUAUUUUUGAAACAAAAAUAUUCAAUAUAUCUAGUGUUCGGAUUUCCGUAGCAGUACAUGUAAAAGGUGUAAAACGACCUGAAACGUUAUAACCUCUUCGACUUCCUUUUACGCCGAAAACUACAAACCACUCAAAAAUGUCGGCUGUAGCGAAACCAAAGUCAGAAAUGACCCCAGAAGAACUCGCCAAAAGAGAAGAGGAAGAAUUCAAUACAGGACCACUUUCCGUUCUCACCCAAUCCGUCAAAAACAAUACCCAAGUGCUGAUAAAUUGCAGAAACAAUAAAAAAUUGCUUGGUCGAGUAAAGGCUUUUGACAGACAUUGCAAUAUGGUCUUGGAAAACGUGAAAGAAAUGUGGACAGAGCUUCCGCGUACUGGAAAAGGAAAAAAGAAGGCGAAGCCCGUUAAUAAAGAUCGGUUCAUCUCGAAAAUGUUUCUACGUGGAGAUUCUGUCAUCCUGGUUUUAAGAAAUCCACUUGCGACCGCAAGCGGGAAGUAAUUUCUCUUUCUCCCUCUUCAUGUAUUUUAAGUCUACGAAUAAAUUUCUUAAUUUAUAAGUAAUUUA